GAUUUUUUUGCUUAAAAAUAAUUAAUGAGCCUUAUAUAUUCAAAUUUUUUUGAUAAAAUCAUUAUAACACGUUUAUUACACAAAAGACCUGGGCGCAACCGGUAAGGAUUUAACCGUGUAGUUUUUUGACGGUGCUAGUUUGGUUUCUUAUCUCUUAUGUGUUAUGGUCACGGAUAUGACCAAGGUCUCUAUUCGUGAAAAGUAGUAUGGUACAAGAAGUUACAAACGUAAUUCAUUUGAAAUUUAAUUUAUAAAUUGAUAUUAUUUACUAUUAUCACAUUUCAAACUAUCCGUUCAGCGUUCCAGUAGAGUGAGAAUUAAUUUACCAUUCGCUUACAUUUAUGCAUUUUGUAAGUUUUAUUACUGCUUUAAAUUUUCAUAGUAAUUUUUAACAUUAUUAUAAUGGUCUGAAAAGUGAAAACGCAUUGCAAAUCAAAAAUUCAUGUCGUUUGGUUAAAUUAUUAAGUAUUUUCAUGAAAUAGUCUCUUCAAUCAGCUCAAGAUGAGAAGUGAAACUAAUAGUGCUAAACCUGAAAUGUGUAUUAAGAAUAGGGACAAUUUGUAUAGACUCAUCAUAAGUCAACUCUUUUAUGAUGGUCAUUCAACUAUUGCUUCGAGUUUGGCCACCCAAGUGAAUGCUGACCCUCCGUGUUCUCCUUCGGAUAGACUUAUGAGUGUGGUGGCCAAAGGUCUGCAGCAUGAAACUGAUAGACAAAAAGAAUCUGAACAAGUGUUGAACUUAAAUCCUAUCCAACAAAUGUUGAUCGGGCCAGGAAUUGAUUUGGAAUUUGAGACUGAUGUAAGUUGUACUGCUCCUGAACCAUCACUCUAUGAAACUGUAUAUGUGACAUCACAUAAAGGGGCAUGUCGAGCUGGCGCUUUUAGUCCUGAUGGACAAUUAAUUGCAACAGGAAGUAGUGAUGCAUCAAUCAAAAUUUUGGAUGUUGAAAGAAUGUUGGCUAAAGCGCAUGAUAUCAGCAGUAAUGAUAAUCAAGAAGGACAGGGGCAUCCUGUGAUUCGGACUUUAUAUGACCAUUUAGAAGAAGUGACUUGUUUAGAAUUUCAUCCCAAUAAACCGAUUUUGGCUUCGGGUUCUCGAGAUUGUCAUGUUAAACUUUUUGACUAUUCAAAAACAUCCGUAAAAAAAGCUUUCAAGACUAUAAAUGAUGUUGAACCAAUAACAUGUAUAAGUUUUCAUCCACUUGGAGAUUUUUUAGUAAUGGGUACCAAUAGUCCUGUCAUAAGACUUUACGACAUAAAUACAGUUCAGUGUUACGUUUGUUCACUUCCUACUCAUCAACAUACUGGUCCUGUUACAUCUAUCAAUUAUGAACCAAGCGCCAGGUACUUUGUGUCUUCCAGUCGAGAUGGAUCUAUUAAAUUAUGGGAUGCUGUGUCCAAUAAAUGUAUUAACACAUUUGAAAAAGCACAUGAUGGUAGUCAAGUGUGUUCUGUGACAUUUUCUAGAAAUGGAAAGUACAUAUUAUCAUCGGGUAAAGAUUCGUUAGUGAAACUUUGGGAGUUAUCCACUAGUAGGUGUCUAAUUGCCUACACUGGGGCUGGAACAACAGGAAAACAAGAGCACCGUACACAAGCAUUAUUUAAUCACACAGAAGAGUAUGUUAUGUUUCCGGAUGAAGCCACUACUUCUUUGUGUGCUUGGAAUGCUCGAAAUGCCUCCCGACAACAGUUAUUAUCUUUAGGACACAAUGGACCAAUUCGUUCAAUAGUUCACUCUCCAAAUUCUGCAGCAUUUUUAACUUGUUCAGAUGAUUUCAGAGCCCGUUUUUGGUAUAGAAAACAUUUAAUUGGUGCAUAACUUUGAAUUAAUUUUGAUUUCAUAUAUUUAAAAUAAUUUAUUAAUAAGCUU